CUCGCUUGGAAGCGAGACUGCCCCACCUCCGCCGCCGCUCCUAGUCAGCGUAAUCAACAAAUUCAUUGCUAUGGGAACGAGGCCUGGGAUGCAGUUUGGAAUCGUUGCAGCUCCCCUUCCUCUGGGAACUCCAGGUGGCUUACAUAAUUCUCCUCCUCUCAAUCUUAUCCUCACAACAACAACCCUGUGAGGCCUGCUUCCUGUUAGCUCCUUGGUCCUGACUUGAUUCUUUGGUCCUGAUUGCUGCCACCGACAGUCCUUGAAACUGUUUGUUCCCAGCUUCUGGCUCACCUUAGACUGCAGCCCAUGACAAAUGCCUCUUUUAAGCACAGAGGAAAAGUGGAAACCAAAAGUAGCUGAGAUUGUUUUCACGCAGCAGUAACAUUGUACCAAGCUGAAUUCUUAUUUGCUGGACCCUGUUGCAGACAUGUGGCAGCAGAUCCUACAGAAUGUCCGGUCUUAUGACACACCCCAAAUAAAUAUGAUUGCCACUUCCUGCACUUUAGGAGGUGGAGUCCUCCUGGUUUACUGGCUUUUGUCCAGGCACAGAAUGAAGACUUUAGAAAUGGGAGAAGGAUGGUGGGGCCCAGGUGAGAGACCAACAAGAGACAAAGAAGAUGAAGAAAUUCGACCCUUCCAAGUGCAAACAUCUGAGAAGGAAAUCCAGGAUCUGCACCUGUGCCUUGAUCUGGCCCGCUACACCCCACCACUGGAGGGGGCAGCCUUCAACUAUGGUUUCAACUCCAAUUAUCUGAAGAAAGUGGUUUCUUAUUGGAGGAACCAGUUUGACUGGCAGAAACAAGUCAAAAUCCUCAACCAGUACUCACAUUAUAAAACUACUAUUGAAGGAAUUGAGGUACACUUUAUCCAUGUGAAAGCAUCUCCUAGCUCAAACGCAAAGGCAGUCAGGCCUUUGCUGAUGGUUCAUGGCUGGCCUGGCUCCUUCUAUGAAUUUUAUAAGAUCAUCCCACUGCUGACAGAUCCUGCUGCUCAUGGACUGCAUGGUGAAGAUGUGGUGUUUGAAGUUAUCUGCCCAUCCAUCCCUGGCUAUGGUUUCUCUGAGGCCCCACACAAGCAAGGCUUUGACACACUGGCUGCUGCUCGAAUCUUUCACAAGCUGAUGCAGAGAUUGGGCUUCCAGGAAUAUUACCUACAGGGUGGAGACUGGGGCUCACGGAUCACCACAAACAUGGCCCAGAUGCUGCCAAAUCGCAUAAAAGGGCUUCACCUGAACAUGGUCUUCGAAAGCAAUAUUGGUUUGAGUGGCUUGGUGUCUUUACUACUGGGAGCCUACGUGCCAUGGUUAGUGGGCCUCACCAGGGAAGACGCACGCCGUUUAUUCCCAUAUUUCAAGAAGCACGUGUAUACUAUCUUGCGAGAAAGUGGAUACUUGCACAUCCAGGCCACCAAACCAGACACAGCAGGAUGUGGAUUGAAUAACAGCCCUGUGGGGCUUGCAGCAUAUAUACUAGAGAAAUUCUCCACCUGGACAGAUAAUUCAUUCCUGAAUCUGGAUGAUGGAGGCCUGGAAAGGAAAUACUCUCUGGAUGACCUUUUAACCAAUGUCAUGAUUUACUGGGUGACUUCCUCUAUUGUGCCAUCAAUGCGCUUUUAUAAGGAGAAUUUAUCCCAGAAUCCAAAUACUCUUCCUGAUGCCAGGAUUGCAGUUCAUGUUCCCACCGGUAUUGCUGCCUUCCCUAAUGAACUUGCUCAUGUCCCACGUUCCUGGGCAAAAAGGAAGUUUAAGAAUAUUGUCACCUACUCCUACAUGCCACAAGGUGGGCACUUUGCUGCUUUUGAACAACCGCAGCUCUUGGCUCAAGACAUCAGGCAGUUUGUAAAGAAGGUAGAACAUUUGUGAGUUAAUUGUAUGGCAGAGAGUGCUAUAUUGGGAGUUAUAUCCUGCAGUACUUAAGAGAAAAAUUAUAAUUGUUACCAAUUAAGUUUUGGCUAGUCAGGUGUUUUAAGAGACUCUGACUUUUGUUGCUAAACAAACAUUUUUCUUUCCUUUUUUAAAGCUACUAUUCACAUUAAAGCUUUUGUAAACAAGA